GACAAGAUGGAUAGCAAUGGUACACGUGAGGAUCGAGCAUUCCACCUGCGGCUUUUAGGACCGUUGGUGGCGGCAGGUAUGUGUGCCUGGCCAACACUUUACCGCUGCUGGAGUGCCGAUUUUGUCGGCAGUCAUCAUUGCACGCCUGGAAUUGUGGGCGAUUGAGCUGCCCGGAACCCGGCUGCGGACAGGAAAAAGAA